AUGGUUCUCCAAAAACUUUUCUCUGUGCUUUUGCUUCUGCAAAUCGCGUGGUCUCCUAAUGCAGCCGGAGCGGCUGAUGGCCUAUCAACCGGUCAACUACCUGUCGACCAGGCGGUACGUGACAAGCUGAACGAAGCCAUGGACCAUCUCUUGUCGCCACCUACUUGGCAUCUACCAGGAGCGGUGAAAUUGGGGAGGUUAACCCAAGCGGAGUGGGACUCGGUGAGGGGUGAUUUGGACCGAUACGGUCGUGACCUCGAGGAAUGGCGCAAAAAAAGAGGACAUGAACGUUUCGGACAAAGGGGCAACUGUAUUCACCCCGACCAACUGCUGGAUCUAAGAAAUUCUAUUCAGGACUGGUUCGCGGCGUCGAGCAGAGAGUGGCGGCGUUAUGCGCAAGUGUUCAAAUGCGAAGAGGGGCUGAUGUAUGGCUGGCGAUGCUUGGAGCGAGAAAAAUACCCUGCGCCCAACGUCACAUACGUGGAAGAACAAAUUCCACGAAUCAAGGCUAGGACCAAUGCCGAAAUUUGGGUGCAAUUUGAAAAUCGAAAGCCGAAUAGUUACUAUUUGAUGCUCCUCGACAUUAUUGACGAAUUUAUGCCUGCGUAUCUCGUGUUUUUGAACCGCGACGUCCAUAAAGGCACCUAUACUGCUACCGAAGGCGGCGAUUACGCAAGAUACGUCGUGGCUUCAACUCUUCACGAUAAACCUUACGAGGCGCAUUACCUCUUCUUUUUC